CGUCCUUCUUUUUUUCCCAACCAAAAAAAAAGAUGAUUUUUUUUUAAGGCACAGGCACUCGUCAGUGGUUCGCAAUUAUAAUUAUUCUUAAUUUUAUUGACGUUGUCAUGAAUGAAUGGUGUCUCACUCCAGUUGCUGUUGUUUGAAGAUUCCUGGUAACCAUCCCAUACAGUCUUUCCUUCAUACAAACAGACUGGCUGUUCUUCUUUAUUGACGUGUGUGUGAGAGUGGUUUGCAGGGGUAUGGUAAAGUCUAUCAGAAAAAAGAUGACUUCUCUUUCUUCCAUUCUCUUUUCUCUUCCCCUCUUUGUCUUUGUCUCUGUCUUUUCCCCUUUUUCUUCUUUUCUUCCUCCACAAGCAUCGCACCCCUUCCUUGCCCUGACCUUGCAUCGCAAAGAGGUCCCUUCCCUCUCCUCCUCCGCCCUUUUCCUUCAUACAUCAAUACAUUCAUUCCAACUCUUCAUUCAUCAUUCAUUUAAUUCUCUUACCUCUGCUAGCAACAACAAUAAUACGAACACUUACUUUUUAAUACAUUCAUCCACCUGUAAUCGCAAUCUUUGCAAGCAACCACCUUACACAUUCCAAGGAUUCUUGGAAGAUUUGGGAUGGGAAUACUAUUCCUUGCCAUCAAUUAUCCCUGUCGAUCCGUUUUUUUAUGCAAACAUGAGGCAUUGCAAACCCUUCAUCCCUGAACCGACAGCAUGGCACGCGUCAAUGUUACUAUUAUUGGCGUGAGUGAACGUAGUUGCUUCACUUUUGCUUGUUCUCACUCCACUUUGUUUCUUUUCUGUCUCCUUCUCUUAAUUUUGAACUUUGCAACCGAGACCAUUCAGAUUUCCUAUUCAAUGCUUCACCCUCCUCUCUCAUACUCACGUAUUCCUUUCUUGUUCUCUUA